UUUCACAUCGCCAUGGAGCCUGGUGGAUUUCACGAUGAGAUGGUUCUGCCGGAACGACGUUGGAACUUGUUCAAGGCCUGCAUUCGACACAGCGGAGGGAAGAACACACAUUUAGAGGUAUCGACCUCCGACAGCGUGAAAGAUCUGAAGCGACGCCUCGAAGAGUGUUUUGGUGUCUUGGCCAAGGACCAGAGGCUCCUCUGUCGAGGUGCUUUGAUGGUGGAUGAAAGGAGCCUGGGUUCCUACGAGCUCGAAGAAGAUGCCGCGGUGAUCGUCCUAGCGGCUCAGCUGCGGCUCCGGCAGGAUCCCCACACGGCUUGGCCCAAGUGUCGUGGUCCAGGCAAAAGCGCCUCCUGCAACGCAGCUCGCGGCUUUUUAAUGGUGCCUGGGACCUUGGACCAAUGGAGGCCGGAGACCGCGGGUAAGACCAACGUAGAGGAAGCGGACUUGUUCUUCGACAGCGGCAAGUCAGUGGCUCCCUGGGAGAUUCUAUCGCACGACUUCAACCUCUCAAGAAGUGUGGGCCCGGCAGUGCGCCAUGGUGCUGCAAGGGGCGAUUAAUCGAUGUGGUGAGAGGAUCUAGGAUUUGUUGACAUCCCGUUGUGGUCUAAUC